CGUUAUUUGACAUUUGUGAAUUAAACACCUUAAGGUUUACCAGCGCUUGUUAUUUGUGACAAUUUUCUGUGAAAAAAGUGUGCUUUGAUUAAAAUACAUAUAUAAAAAGAAAUAUUUUGAAUAAGAUCAGCAAACGUAAUUUGAAGAGCUGAAGCAAGAACUGUUAUUUUUAUUGAAACUCGAAUUUCUGUGUGAAAAAAGAGGUUAAGCUCUCUUCCCAAAAUGCAAAUCUUCGUGAAGACUUUGACUGGCAAGACCAUCACUCUGGAGGUUGAGCCAUCCGAUACUAUUGAGAAUGUAAAAGCCAAGAUUCAAGACAAAGAGGGAAUUCCUCCAGAUCAACAACGUUUAAUCUUCGCCGGCAAACAACUAGAGGAUGGACGUACUUUGUCCGAUUACAACAUCCAGAAAGAGUCGACACUUCACUUGGUUCUACGUCUGCGGGGUGGCAUGCAGAUUUUCGUCAAAACUUUGACGGGAAAAACCAUCACAUUGGAGGUUGAGCCUUCCGAUACCAUUGAAAACGUCAAAGCUAAAAUUCAAGAUAAGGAAGGAAUCCCACCAGAUCAACAACGUUUGAUUUUCGCUGGCAAACAGUUGGAGGAUGGACGCACAUUGUCUGAUUACAAUAUUCAGAAGGAAUCUACUUUGCAUUUAGUUUUACGUCUUCGUGGAGGUAUGCAAAUCUUUGUAAAAACUUUGACGGGCAAAACUAUCACUUUGGAAGUUGAACCAUCCGACACCAUUGAAAAUGUAAAGGCAAAAAUCCAAGACAAGGAGGGUAUUCCUCCAGAUCAACAACGUUUAAUUUUCGCCGGAAAGCAAUUGGAGGACGGACGUACUUUGUCCGACUAUAACAUUCAAAAAGAGUCUACCCUUCAUUUGGUAUUGCGUCUCCGUGGUGGUAUGCAAAUCUUCGUGAAGACAUUGACAGGCAAGACAAUCACCUUAGAAGUUGAACCAUCCGACACCAUUGAAAAUGUCAAAGCCAAGAUUCAAGAUAAGGAAGGUAUUCCUCCAGAUCAACAACGUCUAAUUUUCGCCGGAAAGCAAUUGGAGGAUGGGCGCACCUUAUCGGAUUACAAUAUCCAAAAGGAAUCCACACUCCACUUGGUCUUGCGCCUCCGUGGUGGUAUGCAAAUCUUCGUGAAGACUUUGACUGGCAAAACCAUCACUCUGGAGGUUGAGCCAUCCGAUACUAUUGAAAAUGUAAAAGCCAAGAUUCAAGACAAAGAGGGAAUUCCUCCAGAUCAACAACGUUUAAUCUUCGCUGGUAAACAGUUGGAGGACGGACGUACUUUGUCCGAUUACAACAUCCAGAAAGAGUCAACACUUCACUUGGUUCUACGUCUGCGGGGUGGCAUGCAGAUUUUCGUCAAAACUUUGACGGGAAAAACCAUCACAUUGGAGGUUGAGCCUUCCGAUACCAUUGAAAACGUCAAAGCUAAAAUUCAAGAUAAGGAAGGAAUCCCACCAGAUCAACAACGUUUGAUUUUCGCUGGCAAACAGUUGGAGGAUGGACGCACAUUGUCUGAUUACAAUAUUCAGAAGGAAUCUACUUUGCAUUUAGUUUUACGUCUUCGUGGAGGUAUGCAAAUCUUUGUAAAAACUUUGACGGGCAAAACUAUCACUUUGGAAGUUGAACCAUCCGACACCAUUGAAAAUGUAAAGGCAAAAAUCCAAGACAAGGAGGGUAUUCCUCCAGAUCAACAACGUUUAAUUUUCGCCGGAAAGCAAUUGGAGGACGGACGUACUUUGUCCGACUAUAACAUUCAAAAAGAGUCUACCCUUCAUUUGGUAUUGCGUCUCCGUGGUGGUAUGCAAAUCUUCGUGAAGACAUUGACAGGCAAGACAAUCACCUUAGAAGUUGAACCAUCCGACACCAUUGAAAAUGUCAAAGCCAAGAUUCAAGAUAAGGAAGGUAUUCCUCCAGAUCAACAACGUCUAAUUUUCGCCGGAAAGCAAUUGGAGGAUGGGCGCACCUUAUCGGAUUACAAUAUCCAAAAGGAAUCCACACUCCACUUGGUCUUGCGUCUCCGCGGUGGCAUGCAGAUUUUCGUCAAAACUUUGACGGGAAAAACCAUCACAUUGGAGGUUGAGCCUUCCGAUACCAUUGAAAACGUCAAAGCUAAAAUUCAAGAUAAGGAAGGAAUCCCACCAGAUCAACAACGUUUGAUUUUCGCUGGCAAACAGUUGGAGGAUGGACGCACAUUGUCUGAUUACAAUAUUCAGAAGGAAUCUACUUUGCAUUUAGUUUUACGUCUUCGUGGAGGUAUGCAAAUCUUUGUAAAAACUUUGACGGGCAAAACUAUCACUUUGGAAGUUGAACCAUCCGACACCAUUGAAAAUGUAAAGGCAAAAAUCCAAGACAAGGAGGGUAUUCCUCCAGAUCAACAACGUUUAAUUUUCGCCGGUAAACAGUUGGAGGACGGACGUACUUUGUCCGACUAUAACAUUCAGAAAGAGUCUACCCUUCACUUGGUCUUGCGUCUCCGUGGUGGUAUGCAAAUCUUCGUUAAAACAUUGACAGGCAAAACUAUCACCUUGGAGGUUGAGCCAUCCGAUACAAUUGAAAACGUCAAAGCCAAGAUUCAAGAUAAGGAAGGUAUUCCUCCAGAUCAACAACGUUUAAUUUUUGCUGGUAAACAGUUGGAGGACGGACGCACUUUGUCCGACUACAAUAUACAGAAGGAAUCAACUCUCCAUUUGGUGCUACGUCUUCGCGGAGGCGCAUUCUAAAUUCGAAUAGAAUAACUAAAUUCAAAAUUCAGAGUAUUCAUCGUAUCACGUUAUUUUAGCUCUAUUUUGUAUUUUAAUGCUUUUUAAACCAGUUCUGAUGAAAAAUUGAAAUAUACCGUUUUUUAUGUUUAAAAGAAAAUAAAUUAUCCUGAUGCAUUAUUUCAAUAA